UUAUAUAUGUAUACAUAUACAUAUAUAUAUAUAUGCUGUGGUAAAAUCAUUUUACAUUUAGCAUGUAAGUGGAGGCUUUCUAAAAUACAUCCUUUAAGGUUGGUGGGGCAACCCAAGCACAGUUUGUCUUUUCCCCUCUUUUGUCUCCAACUACGGUGGGGGAUAUUUUGGGGUUAGAAGCAAGGAGAGAUGUCUUCUUUUGCUGCCAGGAUUUUAAUUAGAUUUAGUUGUAAGAAAAAAUUAAUGUUCAUUGCAGAGAGCCUGUUGAGCUCAAGUUCCCAGGCUUGAGGUUCAUUGCUAUCUCACCGUUGGUGGAUAGGUGUUACACAGCACCUAAUGCUAACGUUAUCUUCAGCUGAAACCCACCAGACACGGCCCUUUCCUGUGUUAUUGGGUGUUGCAACUGUAACGUGCUGUCACGUUUUCCUAGGGCUGUGUACAAUCUGUCAAAACAAUUCCUGCAGUCCAGCUGCAGCUCACAGUCCCCUUAUAUUUCAUACAUAUCUGCAAGGAAUUGGAGCUGUGUGAUAUGAAAUAGUAACCCAGUAGGAUUGGAUGCCAGAUGUGGCAGUUUGCACUAUCUGAGAUGAUAAUCUCACCCUCUGUGCAUGAGAAGUAUAGGCGUGCUUUUUUGCUUAGGUGUGGAAAUGGGAUCAUGCAACCUGGAUUUAUGUGCGCAGAGCAGGGUUUCUGGUUUCUGAAGCUGCACUGCUUGGGUUGUUGCCUGUUUAGAGGGGGGAGAAAUAAGGGAUAAUUACUCGUGCCUCGCAUCGUCACAGCAGUUAUAAAUGCUUUACAUGACUUCUAAUAAAGCAUGUUUGCUCAACAGCUAUCUUGUGCUCGGAGGCACUCUGACCUUCCCAGAGAAGAUGAUGUAAGGUCUUCCCAGGGCACCAGGAGCAUGGCUGGUUUCAGAUGCCUCUGGAUGUUCAAUGAUAGCACUCCUCCAUACUGGAGCAGCAAAGUUUCCCCAACACUUUCUUCCAAGGGCGAGACAAGCUGUGUGCCUGCUCCUCCCUGCUGCUCUUCUCAAAGGGUACGGCUCCAUCAUAAGCAGGAAACUGGCGUCCCACGGCUUUGGAGCUUCCAUGGCAGCAAUGUCAUCCUUCCCUCCACAGAGAUAUCACUACUUCUUAGUGCUGGAUUUUGAGGCCACAUGUGAUAAACCACAGAUUCAUCCUCAGGAGAUCAUCGAAUUCCCUAUCCUGAAGCUGAAUGGAAGGACGAUGGAAAUUGAAUCCACCUUUCACAUGUAUGUUCAGCCUGUGGUGCAUCCCCAGCUUACGCCCUUCUGUACAGAGCUGACUGGGAUUAUUCAAGGCAUGGUGGAUGGGCAGCCGAGCCUCCAGCAAGUGCUUGAGAGGGUCGACGAAUGGAUGGCAAAGGAAGGACUCUUAGAUCCCAGCGUCAAGUCGAUUUUUGUGACCUGUGGAGACUGGGAUUUGAAAGUGAUGUUACCAGGACAAUGCCAGUACUUAGGGCUGCCGGUUGCUGAUUACUUCAAACAGUGGAUUAAUCUGAAAAAGGCGUACAGCUUUGCCAUGGGGAGUUGGCCAAAGAACGGACUCUUAGACAUGAACAAAGGACUGAACCUACAGCACAUAGGGAGGCCUCACAGCGGGAUAGAUGACUGUAAGAACAUCGCCAACAUCAUGAAGACACUGGCCCAUAGAGGCUUCAUCUUCAAGCAGACCUCCAAACCCUUUUGAUCCCCAGGGCAGGCCAGGCAGGGCUGCAUGCGCCCGGCGCCGGCGAGGCGGGGAGGACGGGCUCUAGCAUUCAAACGGCAACCGAGGCCAGAGGAACCGACACAAAUCUCAAUUCAGCUGUUACUCCAGUAGAGGUUGUAUAUAUGGGAAGGCAAAUCUGUGUAGACCUGAUGUGACUCCCUCUCUGGGCUGCUCCGGACAUUAUGCCAUGCUAGCGGACAGCCGCGUAGGGCGCUUGCACCACAUUUUAGACUCGUAGUUUGUUCUUUUCUUUGGCUCCCGAUUUCCGUCCCUCCCUCCGCGCCCCACCCCGUCCUCCUCCCUCUCCCGCCCCGUAGCCACCACGUCCCCCGGCAUGGGCCGUCCCCGCCUUCCCUUCUUUCUUUUCGCUGGUUUUAUGUUUUCAGGCCUUGACGGCUGCUGCAGCGCGUGCCCACGCCGCGCUCCUAGAGACUCAGCAGUGUCAAGACGGCCCCCGCCCUCCCCGCCAGCCCCAGCCUCUCCCCGAGCGCCUUUCUCCCCUCUUUUUGAAUCGACACUAACCCCUCUCUGACUCCUGUAUGUGACAAACGCAAUCCGUCUCUUUAUGUUCAAGGUGAAGUGCCUGUAUUCUCCGCUGCAGAGCCCCUGGCAGCCCUGGUGCGGGCUGCGGGGCCCCGGAGGGCUCCCUUCAGUGGGGCAGGGGCCCGGCGGGCGGGUAGGCGGGCAGCAGGGGGGAGGUGACAGCGUGCAGAGCCCCCGUCCCGUCCGCUCGUGCCUCUCGGGGAUGGGUGGGAUGCCCAGCCCUGCCCCAGCACCACCGACCCGUCCCAGCUCCGCCGGGGCCAGGUGUGCCGCAGCACCGCGUCCAUUGCCGGCGGUGGACGUGCCAGCGCGCGCUGGCCCCGACCCACAGGUACCUGGAGCAGGGGAUCUGUAAAUCGGCCCAGGUCCCCCGGCCCGCUCCCCUCCUGCUCCCCCGGUUCCCAUGCUGAGGCUCAGCCCCCGCGUGCCCGCGGUCCCUGCACUCCCCGUGCCCCUCGCGGGUCCCCGCGGAUGCUCAGCAGCAGCUGGCUUGUUGCCUGAGAGUUGCCGAGCGCGUCCCCUCUGGCUGGGUGGGUUCGCAGUUGGGGGCAGCCACGGGGCAGGCUGAGGGCGUGCAACCGCAGUGUCACCCAGUGUCACCCAGCCCCGGGGCCCUGCUGAAUGGAGCCCUCAUCCGGGUGCUGACCUGCAGGGAGGCUGCAGCCCCGGGCCCGUGCGUGCAUGGCCUGGAGCGAAGCCGGUGACGGCAGCCAGAAGGGCAAUACAGGCACUGAACUUGGCGGUACAUGACUGCAUGGUGUGUGGUGUUCCAGUUAAACCAACCGAUAAUGCAAACCCAGCAUUUUCAUUGUCUAGUUAUUCCAAUCCUUGCUGUAAAUGUGCCACAUGAAUAAAGUUUGGGGGUAAAGGA